ACAGAACAAGAGAGGGGGUGGAGAGAGAGAGAGAGACUGAUUCAGAGCUGAAUGCUCAUUCUGUGUUAACAUCUCACUGUGAUACCAAUGUGUGCAGCCUGAGGUAUUGCGUCCUAUUACAAAGAAAACCCAUAUCCCAAGAUGCAGUGGUGCAGGUGGGCUGGCAGUUGGAGGUCACACCUACCAAGACAGUCAGCAGGGCCAGAGAUUGAGGACUCUUUCGACUUUCUUUUCAAAAUCAUCCUGGUUGGGGACUCAGACGUGGGGAAGACCUGUGUGGUCCAGAGCUUCAAGUCUGGCAUUUUCAUUGGAAAGCAGCAGAACACCAUCGGGGUGGACUUUACUGUUCGCACCCUGGACAUCGAUGGCAAGAAGGUCAAGAUGCAGGUGUGGGACACAGCAGGUCAGGAGCGUUUCCGUACCAUAACUCAGAGUUACUACCGCAGUGCCCACGGGGCGAUGGUGGCCUAUGACAUCACACGCCGCUCCACGUUUGACUCUGUUCCCCUCUGGAUCAGAGAGGUGGAGCAGUUUGGAGCUGCCAGCGUGGUGCUGAUCCUCAUUGGUAAUAAGUCCGACCUUGAAGCUCAGAGGCAGGUUUUGUUCGAGGAGGCGUGCACUCUGGCAGAAAACAACGGUGUGCUGGCUGCCCUGGAAACCUCUGCCAAGGAGGCCCAGAAUGUGGAGGCAGCCUUCAUCCUCAUGGCCCGGGAGCUGCUGGCACGCAACGGCAUGACCAUCACAGACGAGAUACCCCAAGACUCGCCUCAAUUCAUGCUGAGUAACAGCUCCCACUCGGUCAACGGCUCCGAGUCUUCAGACAGGAAGUGUGGCUGCUGAGCGGACUGCAACUGCUUUUUGUUUGGAAAAUAGGGUUGACAAUUUAGAAGAAACUACAUAUAUACAUUGUGUGUGUGUGAAAGUGUUGUAUAUAUUUUGACAUUGAAUAUUUAUGCAUUUUGUUGAAUAAGUAACAGGUUUUAAAUGGUGGCUGCUUAUCAAACAUGUUUUGUAUAUUCAGAGGAUAAGUUAAGAGGAUCUCACACCUCAGCUGGAGGACUGUACUAAAACUGCACUACAGUACACAGAAUAUUUGACUUGA